AUGGACAGUGUGUGGGAUGAUACUAGAAUAGAAGACAGCGCGGUGGACGAGACGGUGGGCUCGUCUCACGCUCAGGAGAAAAUCGCGCUAAUAAAAUCAACAUUAUUCAAACUGGAUCAGGACGAUAAUCUGGAAGGCGAUCCUUGGGUGCAGCUAGUCAAGUUGAUCAGUGACGAAGACCGUGAAGAGGAGUUUACCACGUUCAAGGAGUGGCUGAAGGAGGUUAAGAACGUCAAUGACAAAUCCGUUACAGGCGUAGCGUUAAUUCAUUAUAUCAUUGUGUUUGAUCGUGCAGACUACAUUGAGUUACUGCAUGAUAGUCCUCCCGGUGAAAAACUAGAUCUGAAUCUUUUCGAUGACGUCGUAGGCUACACCCCGUUGAUGUGGAGUUUCAGUUUACAGAGAAGGGACUGUUGCUUAGAACUGUUCAAUUCAUUUGACGAGAUAAACUUCAACAUGACCAAUAAAGCCGGACUGUCUGCUUGGGAUAUGGUUCCUCCUUAUUCACCACUUUCCGAGUUUUUGGAACAUAAUAAUAUGUUUCGAUAUCGUACUGAAAAACACGAAGCGCCGCAAACCUCUCAUCAGAAGGGCCCUUCUUUCCUAACGAAUAAUGAAGACUCUGCCACUAAGGAAACUUUUGACAAUAUCGACUUGCAAGUGGCAGGUUUAACUUUAGCCUCUGCGGCGGACGACAACCUUUUCCUGGAUUCAAGCGAUAAGAACAUGAACUCUUCACAAGGACGGACAGCCUUCAUUGAUCCAACGUAUACAGAAGAUUAUCAUGGUACUUUCGACUUUGAUAAACUAUCCCCAGACCAAUACUUGGAGUUUUCAGAUUUUGAUAUACCGCAAAUCUUAAACCUCCUGGUAUCCUUACCACAAAAGGAACCCCACAUGACCACUUAUCCAGCUGGUUUAAUAUACCAAUGUAUCAGGUACGCUGAUCAUAAGAUUAAGUCCAAACCGCUGGUAGAAUCCUUGAUAAAUCUAUCUUUAACAAAAAUCUUGACCAGUGUUUCAUCUAAUGGCGCUGCAGGAUUAGUCUCUACAGAAGCUUCUUUACAGGCUGGUGACAUUGUAUUACAAUCGUAUUGGCUAAGUUGCCUAUCGUUUCUCUAUUAUUACCUUUGUAGAGAUGAAUCGUUUUUUAAGAGGCACCCAAGUGUGCUACAAGAGUUGAUUAGCACCAUACAUUCUAUCAUUAUUGAAUUGACAUCAUCCAUCCAUUGCCGGCUGAUUUCUUUGAUAGAUUCGACACUACUGGCAUACACAACCAUUCAAGAUGUUAAGCAGACCUUAUACAAAAGAGACUGGAACUUUUUCAAAAAGAGAAAGCAGGCCAAGCUGUUAUUAAAGGAAAUAAACAGAAAGCAGUCUAAGGAAAAACAAAAAAAGGAAUUUUAUCGACAAGACCAGAAUCAAGAAAAUCAAAACGAUCAAGAAGAACGAAGCGGAGAUGAUUCGGAUGACAGAGUCUCGACUAAUGAUGAUAACAGAUCCAAUGCUUCCCAAUUUUAUGAUAAAGAAAUUUUAAGACAUCUAUAUCCCCCCUCAUUUGAAGAACAAAUGAAGCCUUCUCCCUUAAAGAUUAUUCAAAUAUUUGGUGCAUUAUCUUACGUCCUCAAUUUACAUCAGACCCAUCCGAUUUUUCAGCAGCAGUGUCUCUCUAUAUCAGUUAAUUGGUUUUCCACAACUCUAUUCAAUAAAAUCUUAAAGGACAAAAAGAAGAGGUCGUUAUCAAGGGCUCACGCCAUCCAAAUUAGAUUAAAUCUCUCGACUCUAGAAUCAUGGAUACAGAAUAAUGACUUCUGUGUUCCUAAACCAAUGCUUAUCGAUGAUUUUAUGUGGCAGCGCUUCCCCAUGACUUUAAUUCGCGAUGUUGGUGAAAUAGACUUGUCGGAUCCCAUACUGAGAAAUGUCGCCACGUAUAAACCGGUGGACGAAAAUGAUAAAGACUGGAUAUAUGAUACAACAAAUUCAUUGUUUUACUACCAGCCAUUUCACAAAAUCGCACAGAUUCACCUUGAACCAGUCUUCCAAUUACUACAGUGGUUGCAAGUAGCCACGACACUCGACAGUGAAGAAUCGCUAGUAUCAACGAUGAAUUUAUUACCAAGAAUAACGGCGGUACAACUAUUGAAGUCUAUGGAAAAGUACAGUUACGAAUUAAAUGAAAACAAGUUCAAUUCUAAAUUGAAGAAAUUCUUAAGCAACAAAGUUAAAGAUGAUAAAAUGAGCAAGGCUAACCCAUAUUUGCAAGAGCAUGAAAUUCCAUAUUUGGUGUUACCAACAAUUCCUGAAAUGACAGACCUGUAUUCAAAAGGUCCAGAUUCGCAUUCUUUCCAGCCAUUUCUACCUGGCAGUAUUCAAGACGAGGUUUAUGAACUUCACGAUACAAACUUUAAUGAAAGACAAAAUGAACCACAAAUUUCUCGAGCCACCUCGAACACUUUGCGCUCUUCUAAUGACGAUGAUGGGACAGAAAACGAAAUCAAAGAAAACAGAGAGGACGUAAAUGUCAACGAAGCAGCUUAUACAACGCCUGAAGGCAAUUUAUUAAAUGGAGGUAAUGAUGAUUAUUUUAAGAAAUUAAAUAUUCCAUCUUCCACCGCCCAACGUCCCGCUUGGUCGAAUAGUGAUGAUAUUGAGCAGAAUCCGUGGUAA